GCGGAGGCGGCGAACCUCGGAGGUCCUAUAGGUAUGGAUCCCUGGCAGCUGCUGUUAACCUUGGCACUGGCAGGCUUGACUGAUGCAUUUUCUGGAAGUGAGGUUAUACCAGUUAUCCUUGGAAAAUCAACCCAGAGUAUACAAAGAAUUAGUCCAAGCCUGGAGACAAAUUCUUCUGAGACUCCCAAAUUCACCAAGUGCCGUUCACCUGAACUAGAGACUUUUUCAUGCUACUGGACAGAUGGAGGUCAUGAUGGUUUAAGGAACCCAGGAUCCAUACAGCUGUUCUAUGCUAGAAGGAUUGCUCAUGAAUGGACCCAAGAAUGGAAAGAGUGCCCUGAUUAUGUGUCUGCUGGAGAAAAUAGCUGUUACUUUAACUCAUCAUAUACCUCUAUCUGGAUCCCCUACUGCAUCAAGCUAACUAGCAAUGGUGGUACGGUGGAUCAAAAAUGUUUCACUGUUGAUGAAAUAGUACAACCUGAUCCACCCAUUGCCCUGAACUGGACUUUACUGAACAUCAGUUUGACUGGGAUUCGUGGGGAUAUCCAAGUGAGAUGGGAACCACCACCCAGUGCAGAUGUUCAGAAGGGAUGGAUAAUUCUGGAGUAUGAACUUCAAUACAAAGAACUCAAUGAAACUCAGUGGAAAAUGAUGGACCCCGUCCUGUCAACCUCCGUUCCACUGUACUCGCUGAAACUGGAUAAGGAAUAUGAAGUGCGUGUGAGAUCCCGACAAAGAAACUCUGAAAAAUAUGGAGAGUUCAGCGAGGUGCUCUAUGUAGCUCUUCCUCAUGUGAGCGCCCUUGCCUGUGAGGAAGAUAUUCAGUUUCCAUGGUUCUUAAUUAUCAUCUUUGGAAUAUUUGGACUAACAGUGAUACUGUUUGGAGUCAUACUUUCUAAACAGCAAAGGAUUAAGAUGCUUAUUUUACCACCAGUUCCAGUUCCAAAGAUUAAAGGAAUUGAUCCAGAUCUUCUCAAGGAAGGGAAAUUAGAAGAAGUGAAUACAAUCUUGGCCAUUCAUGAUAACUACAAGCCUGAGUUCUACAAUGAUGACUCUUGGGUUGAGUUUAUUGAACUAGACAUUGAUGACCCUGAUGAAAAGACUGAAGGCUCUGACACGGACAGACUUCUCAACAAUGACCAUCAGAGAUCACUUAACAUCCUUGGGGCCAAGGAUGAUGAUUCUGGGCGUACCAGCUGUUAUGACCCUGACAUUCUGGAAACUGAUUUCCCAGCCAGUGACAUGUGUGAUGGUGCCUCAGGGGUUGCUCAGCCACAGAGGUUAAAAGGGGAAGUUGAUCUCUUGUGCCUUGAUCAGAAAAAUCAAAAUAACCUACCUUAUGAUGCUUCUCCUGCCACUCAGCAGCCCAGCACUACCCUAACAGAGGAAGACAAACCACAACCACUUCUUACUAGUGAAACAGAGUCAACCCACCAACUUGCCUCCAUGCAGAUCAGCAGUCCUAGUUCCCUGGCCAACAUCGACUUUUAUGCCCAAGUAAGUGACAUUACACCAGCAGGGAGUGUAGUCCUUUCCCCAGGCCAAAAGAGCAAGGCAGGGAUGCCCCCAUGCGACAUCAUGCAUCCAGAAGUGAUUUCAGUCUGCCAAGCCAAUUACAACCUGGACAGUGCCUACUUCUGUGAGGCAGAUGCCAAAAAGUGCAUUGCUGUGGCCCCUCACAUGGAAGCCAAGUCCAAUGUAGAGCCCAGCUUUAACCAGGAGGACAUUUACCUCACCACAGAAAGCCUUACCACGACUGCAGGGAGGCCUGCCACAGCAGAGCUUGCUCUCAGUGCUGAGAUGCCUGUCCCAGACUACACUUCCAUUCACAUCGUGCAGUCUCCACAGGGCCUCAUACUCAAUGCAACUGCACUGCCCUUGCCUGACAAAGAGUUCCUCUCAUCUUGUGGCUAUGUGAGCACAGACCAACUGAACAAAAUCAUGCAGUAGUCUCUCUUCAGUAUCCCAAGAGCAACAUCUAAUGCUUAAACCAAAACCGUGUUUAAAAGCUUUGUUGGGAGAGUAUGAGGGUGGGUGUGGAUCCUCAAUGCCUUUGCCUGAAAAGCUGACAUAUAAUAUUAAAGUGAAAGAAUUAAUAAGAAUGUGUAAUCAAAUAGCUCCUCCCAUUGUGAACUGUAAAUAUUUUAAAGGACUGUCUCAAAGACUGUUUCGUGACAGUGAUUGUCUCAUUGUGGGGUGUUAAUUUUGUGAUACUAGACAUUAAAUGGUUAUGGUUUUUACUGUAUUGUAAAUCAUGCUUUUCUAAAAAGCCAAGCAAUCAAGUGGCAUUUGCAGUCAGGAAACUGAAUGCAAAUUAUAGCACAAGCUAAUUUUUUUUUUCUUUUUUAAAUAAUAGGGAACUAAAACUCCUAAGUGAAAAGGCAAAACUAGUUUGGAUAUGGAAAACAUUUAUUUUCACAUAAAAUUGAUAAAGAUAUUUUUAAUAAUUUACACUUCAAGCACGGCUGUUUUGUAAUACAGUACACACUGUGCUGUGGUUCACAAUGAUGCACCUAAGGAACGCAGCAGCACAGUUGAUUUAGUGCUCUGCUCAGUGCAUCUAGAGGAAAGCAAACCAGUUAGUUUUUUACAAGACCCUUUUAUACCUACCAAAACAUCUUAAGCAAGUCUAAAAUGUCUAAUAACCUGCAUUAUUGGAACGUAUUCAUUUUAAAUUUUUAAACAAAUAUUUUUAAUUUAAGACUAUAGCAUUUCUACACAGAUCAACAUACCACAUACCAAAAAAUAACAAGUAAAGAACUUUCUUUACCAUAUUUCAGUUCACGUCAGAGAGCUACAUGCUAAGAGAAGUAGAAGUUACACCUGGUGGCAACUAGCCAGGAUGCUGUCGCAGCGCACAGUGGAGGGCUUAGAGACACACAUCAUGGCAAAGAAGGCUCUCUCACCUCUGCAGCUGCGCCUCUUCAAACACAGCUUGGUUUCAUUUCAUAAUUGCAUAAGAAGGAAGAGGUACAAGGAGCAUUUUGUAAGUUGAAGCAGAUCGAAUGAAGUUAAGCAAAUAAUGGAACAGGAAGUCCAAGACAUGGGUCUUUGUUUCACAGCCUGUGGCCAGGCACAUACUCAUGUUAGUAGUAACAAGGAACAAAAGAAAUGUAGUUUUUCAUUGCACAAUAUAACUUAAAAUUAAGUAAAUCAGGAGCAGAAACUUAUUCAUCAAACUUUUUACAGGAUUUAUUUUAAGUAAAAGUGUCUGAUCAUUUAUUUAUUUCUCUUCUGAGAAGAUUGACCUCAAACUAGGGUGUCAAAAAGAAAAAAAAAUUCAAGGCAUCCAAGUAAUGUAUACAUUACAUUUUGAUUCUUUAAUAACUUAAAAUUCUUUGGGAUAGAUCUUGUAAGGAUUUAUGAAAGAUAAGAAUUCCACCCCCCAAAGAAUACUUUUUAUUUAAAUAUUAAAACAGCAACUCAAAACUUUAUAAAGUUACCUUUCACUCUAACAGUGUUUGACAUUUUACUCAAAAGUAAAUUGCAAGAAAGACAGUGAAAAAAAAUCUGGAAUUGGGUGUUUAAAGUUCAAAUUAAUUUGUAAUGGAUUUUCUGCUACCUUGCUGCUAUGGUUUAAAGAGCUACAUUUUUUAGCUUCAUGUAAAAUAUUGUCAGUUUAGAGCCUAUUUCAACUUAAAUAUGUGUGUUUGGAAGAACUAUCUUACCAUUUCACAAUGGGCUGACCACGUUCCUAUAGCCAAAAAUAGCUAAAUACCUCAAUCAGUCUCAGAAUGUCAUUUUGGUACUUUGCUGGCCACACAAGCCAUUAUUCACUAGUAUGACUAGUUGUGUCCUGCAUCUAUAUUUAACUUUCUUUAUGUCUGUGGAUUUUUCCCUUUAAAGUUUAAUAAAUUUAUUUUCUUGGA